AAUAGAAGGAAACUGUAGAUUUAACAUUGUAGUUGCAGUCAGUCAUCUCUAAGAAUCCCAUCCAACUUGAUUUUAGUUGUACACAAAAGCAACAGGAGAAAGUAAAAAAGCACCACACAUUCAUCCACCGACUCUAAUUCCGGAUACGAUGAAGAAUUCGACUUCUUUGAAUGAAGAUUGGGAGGUGAGGCCAGGUGGCAUGCUCGUCCAGAGAAGAGAAUCAGCUGUUGCUGAUGGUAGUGAUGAUGCUGGCCCCUUGAUCAAGAUCAACGUCUGUUAUGGUCCCUCCCACCACGAAAUCCAUAUACCCGCUCAAUCUACUUUCGGAUAUAUGAAAGAAAUUAUUGAAUCAAAAAUAGGUCUAGAGCCUAAACAGCAAAAGAUUUUGUUUAGGGGUCAAGAAAAAGAGGAUGGGGAAUAUUUGCACGAGGCAGGUGUGAAGGAUAAGUCAAAGGUCUUGGUUUUGGAAAACCUAGUGAGCAAAGAGAAGCCUGCAGAGAUGAAGGAACACGAGGGAACUUCUAAGUCUGAGGUAAAGGAAAAUGAGGAGAUAUCAAAGAGAGAGAUGAAGGAAAGAGAAGAGACGUCAAAAGCGUUUCAAGCUAUUGCCGAAGUCAGAGAGGAGGUCGAUAAGCUUGCAGAAAGAGUGUCUGCCUUACAGGUGGCUGUGAAUGGUGGGACCAGGAUUGCAGAGGAGGAAUUUGGUAUGUCAUCAGAGUUGCUUAUGAGGCAAUUGCUGAAAUUGGACGCCAUUGAGGCAGAAGGAGAAGCAAAGGUGCAGAGGAAGGCUGAGGUACGUCGUGUCCAGAACUACCAUGAUCUACUGGACAACCUAAAGUCAAGUAAUUCAAAGCCAUUUAGCAAUAGCAGUAAUACUGUGUCAGUGACAACUGAAUGGGAGACCUUCGACUCUGGUCUAGAAAGCUCGAGUCCACCCCCAGCGUCAUCUUCGACAAGAAUUACUCAGGAUUGGGAAAGGUUUGAUUAGGAACCUUCUCAGACUAUUUUAGCCUACAGAACAAAGUGUGGAAUACAUAAUAUUUAGAAUGUAGAAGACAUUUUUAUAAUUUUUAUGUCUCAUUUAUAUUAUAUUUUUCCCCUUCCUGUCGGCUAUAGAGAUCUUUGUUCUUUAAGAGCUAGAACAUCUAUUACUUGACACUUUUGAUUUAAAACUUGUUUAUGGAAUUGCCAAUUGAUAUUUGCA